AUGGACACUCUUUGUUUCCUAGGAUGCGGUAAUUUGGGAGCUGCAAUUCUCGACAGCUUGAUAAGCACAUCAAACAAUGAACCUCUUUUCACCCGGUUCAUUGCAUGUGUUCGCAGUCAACAGUCACUGGAAAGACUGAGCGCCCGUUUCUCCAAGCACCUCGAUCGAUUGACCAUCAGUGGAAAUGACAAUGUCAAAGCUGUUCAAGAAUCCGACGUGAUUAUACUCGGUGUAGAUCCUGUCGAUAUCGAGAAAGUGUUGACGCAAUCCGGGCUCCGCGAGGCAUUGGAAAACAAACUGUUAAUUAGCAUCGCGGCCGGUUGGACGCGUCAAAAGCUCGAGCACACAAUCUAUGGAAGCGAAACAACCAAGGAAAACACGGGCAAUCGCGCGUGGGUAGUGCGUACGCUCCCCAACAUCGCCGCACAGGUUUCGCAGUCCUUAACCGCGAUCGAGGUGUCAGAGCCGACACCGCCAGAUCACUAUCUACAAAGAACGACGGCAAUCUUCGAGCGCAUUGGACGCGCAGUUCAGAUCGCUCCCCACCUCAUGAAUGCGACUACUGCAGUGGGAGGAUCUACUCCGGCAUUUUUCGCUGUGAUUUGCGAUGCGAUGAUCGAUGCCGCGGUGGCGGUUGGUGUUCCUCGGGACUUGGCACAUACUAUGAUCUUCCAGUCUAUGCAAGGGACGGCCACUAUGCUUCAGAGUGGAAUUCACCCUGCUCUUCUCAAGGAUCAGGGCACAUCUCCCGAGGGGUGCACUAUUGGUGGCUUGAUGGUCAUGGAGGAAGCAGGUGUUCGGGGUCAUGUUGGACGGGCUCUUCGAGAGGCCGUCACUCUGGCUCGUCUUAUGGAAACAAGCUCGCAUGUCAACGACACUCGGCAUUAA